AUGGACAUACUUCCAAACGCGCUGGCAGGAUUAUGUCGAAGCCACAAAAUAACCGGCAAAGACAAAGUAAUCCAAUUACUCGAAUGCUGUGACGAAACGCUUCGUAAGGACCUCACCAGAAACGCUGGCGGCACCCUCACAAACAAACCCAUCGACGAAGUCAUGGCUGCAAUCCGCAAACUCGCUGUACGAGAGGAAAACACGAUGGUGGCCCGCAUCAAACUACACAACAUGCGCCAGGACCGUGACGAAACUAUCCGCAGCUUCGGUGCACGUCUUCGUGGACAAGCCAGCGUAUGCAAGUUUACGAUUAACUGUCCCAACUGCGCAACAGAAAUCAACUACACAGACAAUAUCCUACGCGACGCAUUAACCGUUGGAAUCGCCGACAGCGACAUCCAACUAGACUUGCUCAGCGAUAAAAAUCAAAAUAUGACACUGGAGGAGGCAUUUCUGUUCAUAGAAGCCAAAGAAGCCGGCAGACGUUCGGCCACCCACCUACUCAAUAGCCAAAGCAUCGAUGCUACCAGAAGCCAAUAUCGCCGCGGCAAACAAGACAAUAUGACCCAGGGCGUGCAAACCAAUAAAACUGGGCCAUGUUCCUACUGUGGCAAACAUGGCCAUGGUAGAAACGCCCCACCCAAUGUCCGACGACAGGAAUGCCCAGCCUACGGCAAAACAUGCGAUAGCUGCGGACGCCCUAACCACAACGCCUCCAUGUGCAGAAGCAAAAACAAAACUAAGCGUCGGGACGCAAAACACAACGCAAACCGAGACCAAGAGGACGCAGUGUUUGACAACCUAUGCAUGACAAAAAGCCAUCAGCAUUGCAACAACGGAAUCCUGCUAGACCACCAUACUUACAAUGACAUGAAUGACCGUUGGGUGAAAAAACCGUCACAAUCCCAACCGUUCCUCCAUAUAAAUGCGAAGUGUCACCCAGAGGACUACACAGCCCUCGGGUACACCCUGCAUUCUACAAGACAUCGCUCAGUCACAUUGAAUGCUAUGGCGGACACUGGAUGCCAGAGCUGCCUUGCUAGCAUGCAUAUAAUGAAACGACUAGGACUACGCCAGAAAGACCUGCUUCCAGUCACUAUGCGCAUGCAUGCUGCGAACAACAAUGGCAUCGAUAUCAUCGGUGCAGCCAUCGUGAGAUUCUCUGGUCAAUCCAAAGACGGACGAGUGUUGGAGAGCCGUCAAAUUGUAUAUGUCACUCGUGACUCAAAUAAACUCUUCCUCAGUCGUGAGACAUGCGCCGCCCUGGGAAUCAUCCCAAACAGCUUCCCCACCGUGGGAGACACAAUGUCAGUAGACAUACAUACUAACCAGUCUAUUCACGUUGUAGCAGAACACCCAUCAAAGCGCACAUGUGACUGCCAACGUCGCCAACUGCCGCCACCUAAACCCACAGUACUGCCCUUCCCUGCAAUCGAAGAUAACCGGAAAAAAAUAGAGGACUGGCUGCUCCAUCACUACAAGUCCAGCACGUUUAACACUUGCGAGCAACAACAACUGCCACGCAUGGAAGGUCCACCAAUGCGUCUCAUGAUUGACCCAAAUGCGAAACCUAAAGCACACCAUACACCAAUCCCAGUCCCUUUACACUGGCAGGACGAGGUGAAAGCUGGCCUUGACCAAGACGUGGCCCUCGGCGUGAUUGAACCCGUCCCAAUCGGCGAGCCUGUCACCUGGUGCCACAGGAUGGUCAUCUGUGCGAAAAAGAACGGUAAACCACGACGAACCGUUGACCUACAGGCACUAAAUGCAAACGCCACUAGGGAGACCCACCACACCCAGAGCCCUUUUCACCAGGCACGCUCUGUUCCCAGUGGCAAAAAGAAGUCAGUGUUCGACUGCUGGAACGGUUAUCACAGCGUUCCCCUUCACCCAGACGACAGACACCUCACCACCUUUAUCACUCCCUGGGGUCGCUAUCGGUAUAAGUCAGCGCCACAAGGGUACAUUGCCUCGGGGGACGGUUACUCACGCCGGUUCGAUGAGAUUGUAUCACACAUUCCAAACAAAACCAAAUGCAUAGACGAUACCCUACUUUGGGCAGAUAACCUCACCCAAAGUUUUCAUCAGGCUGUCGAAUGGUUAGAUAUCUGCGGUCGAAACGGCAUUAUCCUCAACCCAGACAAAUUUGUCUUCGGCUCAGAUACAGUCGAGUUUGCAGGGUUUGAAAUCACAUCAAACUCUGUUCGCCCAAGCAGGAAAUUCAUCGAUGCUAUUCGCCAUUUCCCAAAGCCGCGCAGUAUCACUGACAUCCGCUCUUGGUUUGGCCUGAUCAAUCAAGUCUCAUACGCAUUUGGAGCCACUGAACGCAUGCUACCGUUUAGAAAACUGCUAAAACCCGGCACGAAGUUUUAUUGGGACGAGGAACUUAACACACUCUUUGAGGAAUCCAAAUCCGUUAUCAUAAAUGAAAUCCACGAGGGCGUUCGCAUCUUUGACAAGACACGUCCCACUUGUCUUGCCACUGAUUGGUCAAAACACGGCAUCGGCUUCUGGCUACUGCAAAAACACUGUGAAUGCCAGUCGACUGGACCACUAUGCUGCCACACCGGGUGGAAGAUCAGCCUGGUCGGCAGCCGCUUCACACAUGCUGCUGAAUCCCGAUAUGCACCAAUAGAAGGGGAGGCACUGGCAGUCGCAGACGCCCUUGACAAAGCCAGGUUCUUCGUGCUCGGUUGCACCAACCUCACAAUCGCCGUAGACCACAAACCCCUGCUCAAACUAUUCGGUGAUCGGACAUUGGAAAACAUCCCAAACCCCCGCCUACGUAAUCUCAAGGAGAAGACACUGAGGUACAGAUUCAAAAUGAUCCAUAUCCCUGGUAUCCGUCACAAAGCCGCCGAUGCGAUCUCCCGCCACCCCACAGGUCCAGAGAACCCCACCAUGCUUUACCUCCAGGACGACAUAGCAGAGUUGAAGGACACUACCAUACACACCGGCUUUGACGAAACCAUCGCUUCACUCGCUUCCCUAGCACUUACAAACGUCGCCACAACCUGGGACAGGGUGCGCAUGGCAACUGCAAGCGACACCACUAUGCACGAUCUCAUGAAUGUCAUUGAAUCUGGCUUUCCAGCUUCACGUAAUGACCUGCCAACACCAUUACAAGAAUACUACCAGUUCCGCCACAGCCUCUACACAGUGGACGGCGUCAUCAUGUACAGAGAUCGUGUGGUUAUCCCACCACUGUUACGCAAAAAUAUCCUGGAAGUCCUACACUCGGCACACCAGGGCAUAUCAUCUAUGACAUCCCGCGCAGAGGACUCAGUCUUCUGGCCGGGAAUCACCUCAGAUAUUGCAGCAAUGCACCGUUACUCUAACUGGCCUAUUAUCGAACGAGCCAAAGACGGUUGCGACGGACUAAUCAAUUGCCUACGUCGCGUCUUCACCACCUUUGGGAUCCCAGACGAAUGCGCUACUGACGGCGGACCAGAAUUCACCGCCGUCAAAACACGGCAGUUCCUCAAACAAUGGGGAGUACACCACCGCCUCGCCUCCGUUGCAUUCCCGCACUCAAAUUGCCGCGCGGAGGUUGCCGUUAAAACUGUGAAACGCCUCAUCACGAACAAUACCGGCCCCACUGGUAGCCUCAACACAAACGCCUUACAAAUUGCUGUUCUACAAUAUCGUAACACGCCUGAUACCGACACGAAAUUAUCACCGGCCCAAUGCGUCUUCGGUAGACCCAUUAAGGAUUUCAUACCAAUUUUCCCCGGCCGUUAUAGGCCACACGUCACCUGGAGGGAAACACUCAAUGCUCGCGAGGAGGCUUUACGAAACCGGCACAUGAGAGCGGCGGAACGUUGGUCAGAACACACAAGAAGAUUACCACCUCUGUCCAUUGGACAUCACGUAAGAAUACAGAACCAAACAGGACCGUACCCUACGAAAUGGGACAAGACUGGAACAGUCAUCGAAGUCCUUCAACACGAUCAAUACCGCGUCAAAGUCGACGGGUCCAACAGAAUUACACUAAGAAACAGAAAAUUUCUGCGGCAAUUCACACCUGUACAAGAGCAGUUACCCAAAAUACUAUUGAUACGGACCUGCUGCUGA